AUGCCUUACGCCGGAGAUGCGUGUGAAAGCGCCCAGUUGACAAUCAUGAUGCUCAUAGCAGACGAGGCUGUGCAAGAAGCUCAACUUAUCAAGAACCUCGUCAACAAACUCUUUACUUGGGCCGUCCCGUUUGCCACCGCGUUAAACAGGAUUGUUGGGACGGGCAAAGACUCGUUGAAGUUGGAAGUGGAUUUGGAUACUGGGGAUCGUCAGCCGAAGCUCAUCGAGGACAUGGGCAUCAUCAACGCCCAGUACGGUUCCAUCACGGCAUGCACUACCGUCCUCGCCUCGGUGAUGACCAUCUUCUCCGGACUCUUCACGGAUACAAUGGGUCAGACAAUUGCCGGGAUUGUGUUUACCUCUUUCAGUGCACUCGCCGCGAUACUGUCUGCCGUGGCGAUUCGUCAGGAGUCGUAUGGGGUUCUGAUUGCGGCGAAUGUGAUUUCUGCUUUUGGAGGUACACCCGGAGUAUUGUUGCAAGAGUCCAUCGUAUCGCUUUGGUUCGUGAAGGGGAACAUCAUGUUUGCCAUGGCUAUCUCGUUGAUCAGCGUCAAACUUGCUGCAUUCAUUACCACGGUUAUGAUGAACCCCUUUGCCGAUUGGACCGGGUCCUACGGGGAUAACUACUGGUUGGCAAGAGGAUUCUGUGGGCUCAGUUUGGCAUUUGCCAUCGGCUAUGCCAUCUUGUUACAAAAGGCCAAGCAAACGGAAGUCUUCGCUUUCAGGAAACUCGAAUGGAGACACGCUAUCCCCUGGAGUAUUGGAAAUGUCCUCGUUGUUAGCUCCGUAGCGCUCCUUGUGCCUAUGGAAGGAGUCUUCACUGCUCUUUCGUUGCAGAAGAUCGCAAACGAUGCGGGACAGUCCGUCCUCGAUAUCAUUGCGGGUAUCAUCCAGGAUCACACGCCUGACCAAGGAUAUCAGUGUGCUUUAUUGUUUUGGAUCCUAUUAGGAGGAGUCGGUGCGAUCGUGGGAGUGCUUCUCGGAAUUAGCGAUAUCUUCACGUCCGAGAAGAUCUUGACACUCAAUGACAAAAGCAGAAAGGAACGCAUCUAUAGGCAUGACUUGUGA